AUGAUGAAUUCUUUCUAUCCACUCUUUGUCACUGCCAACGUAUCAGUCCAGGUCAUCAACCGCGUCUUGCAGAGCUCUCUGGACGAAGAGUUCUCUCCUGGCGAGCACUGGGGAAACGAAUGGGUUCUGAUGGAGCAGCAGUCCCAUCGAAACUUCUCCGCUCCAACAAUGCCUCCCGUUCGGCCAUUCGAGUCUGGCUUUCUCAACACCUCGAUAGAUCACCUUCAGAACUUCGUUACUAUCGAACUCGAUGAGGAAACGGAUCAGCUGCCCUCCCCUUUCGGGAUCAUUGACGAGCGCACUGCUCUUGACAAUACUAUUUCUUUCGGAGCUCAGGACGACGAGAACGCUAUACAAGAAGCUCAGAUUCGCACUUUGUGGGGUAGAGAAACUCCUCUCGACCGUAUACUUGCCGCUUAUGUCGACCCUUGCGAGUACCUUUCGCACGGGCACAACACUACAGCUUACGUGACCAAGGAAGAAUCUCGUGCCCGUCUCCUUGCAUGGGAAGACGCAGAGCGAGAUGGGUUGGCCUUGCAAUUUUAUGAGCUUGCCAGUUCGAUAGAAGUCUUCAAAGGGGCUAGUCAGUCUAGAGAAUGCCUCAACGAUUGGAUUCAUGGCGAGGAGUUGAACCAGACUACCAAGUGGUUCGAGUUCCGCUUGGACGCUUCCUGCGCCAUGGGACAUAUCUAUCUCAUCGGCGAUUAUGGUCCCGUCGAGAUCAUGACCAACCAUGUUUUCAAAAGUGACAUGUUUGAUGCCAAUGGGGUUGGCAGAGCUAUUGGUCCUUGA